AUGUCAAAUGCAAAUCUGUCUCAGACCAACGUCACUGUUGGACGGGGGUUACUUGAACGAGUGUUAUUUUCCACUAUGACCACCGUGCCGUGCUGUGUGUUUCUCUUCAUUAACGGGACCAUGUUGUUCACCUUGAGGAGUAAAACUGUGUUUUGUGAGACUUCCCGUUACAUUCUGCUGUUUAACCUCCUUUUUGCAGACACUGUGCAGCUGGCACUGAGCCAGUUGAUUUACAUACUGGCUGCUCUUGGACUAAGGCUGACGUAUCCUUCAUGUGGAGUUCUCACCAUGCUUUCUGGUCUCACUAAUGAGAUCUCUCCUCUCACACUGGUGGUGAUGUCUCUGGAGAGAUACGUAGCUGUGUGCUACCCACUGAGGCACUCCACCCUCGUCACCAUCAGGAACACAGAGGUGGCCAUCGUUGGGGUUUGGGUCUUCAGUUCUCUAAAUGUCCUCACACAAGUCAUUUUACUUUUAGACUUUCCAUUUGAAAACCUGGAGAGCCUGGAGAUGAAAGACUUUUGUGCUGGACAAAACAUGCUACUUGACCGGAUGUCUGACGAUUACAACAAAGCAUUCACCUAUUUUCUGUUUGUGUCAGCGGGGGUGGCGGUCACCUCCUCCUACAUCGGUGUGAUGAUAGUAGCUAGGUCCGCCUCCACG